AUGUCUGAAACUGGUUCUUCGGCUUCUGGGAAGAACAACUUUGAAAUUAACACUAAAGAGGUUCCACAUGCUGCACCAAUUACCUCUCUACGAACUAUCACCUCGAGACGUGUGGGUGAGGUUAACUAUAUUAAUGCCAAGACUGCCCACGAUGACACAGAGUUGUUGGCUGAAAUUGGUUACAAGCAGGAAUUGCAAAGACAUUUUACCAAGAUCCAGGUUUUAGGUAUUGCCUUUUCCAUUAUGGGUCUUUUGCCCUCGAUUGCCUCCAUUUUGUCCAUGUCCUUGCCAGGUGGUACUGUGAGUUUGGUGUGGGGUUGGUUUAUUGCCGGUUUCUUUGUGCUAACGAAUGGUUUAGCCAUGUCUGAACUUGCCUCUGCUAUCCCAACCUCGGGUGGUCUUUAUUAUUACACAUACCAUUACGCUCCACCAAAGGCAAAGCGUUUGCUAUCUUUCGUUGUCGGUAACUCAAACUCAUUGGCGUUGAUCGCUGGUUUGUGUUCUAUCAACUAUGGUCUUGCAGGCGAAAUCUUGUCUAUUGUUGUCAUCGGAAAGAAUGAUGACUUCGAAAUCACCAACGCUAAGAACUAUGGUGUGUAUGCUGGAUGUGUUGUCGCAACUGGUCUAAUAACUUCUGUUGCAACUGUUGCUGUGUCAAAACUACAGACAUUUUCCAUUGUCUCCAAUUUGUUGUUGAUCGCACUAUUCUUCGUUGCACUACCAGUUGGUGUCGCUAAGUCCAACCACAUGGAUUUCAACGAUGCCAGCUACAUUUUUGGUCACUGGGAGAAUCUUUCGGACUGGCCUAAUGGAUGGCAAUUCAUGUUGGCUGGUUUCCAACCUAUCACUUGGGUCAUUGGUGGUUUCGAUUCCUGUAUUCACAUGUCUGAAGAAGCUAAAAACGCAACCGCCUCUGUCCCAUUCGGUAUCAUUGGUUCCAUCUCGAUAUGUUGGAUCUUAGGUUUCUUCAUCUGCAUCGUCAUUGCCGCCUGUUCUUCUAAGGAUAUCCCAGGUAUUAUUGGAAGUAAGUUUGGUCAACCAUUGGCUCAAAUCUUUUUUGACGCCUUAGGCAAAAAGUGGGCCAUGGCUUUCAUGGUCCUUAUUGCCUUCUGUCAAUUUUUGAUGGCAGCAUCUAUGAUGACAGCUAUCUCAAGACAAAUCUGGGCUUUCGCUCGUGAUGAUGGUUUGCCAUUCUCCAAAGUCAUCAAGGUGGUCAACAUCAAGCUUUCUUCUCCAAUUAGAGCUACCUGGUUCGGUGCUGUCUGUGCCUUGGCUAUUGGAUGCCUAUGUUUGAUCGGAACCCAAGCUUCUUCCGCAUUGUUCUCUUUAGCCAUUUCCGCUAAUUACUUCUCGUGGAUGAUUCCAAAUAUCUUAAGAAUGACCAUUGGUAAGGAGAUUUUUACGCCCGGUGCAUUCUUCAUGGGUAGGAUCUCCCCUAUUAUCAACUGGAUUUCCAUCUCAUUCGAGCUAUUCAUUAUUGUUCUAGUGUGCUUCCCAUCUAUUCAACAUCACAUUAAGCCAAAGGAAAUGAACUACAGUGUUGUAUUCAUCGGUGCAGUUUGGUCUCUAUCUGCAGUCUACUUCUUAGUUUACAAAUACAAGUUCUAUUCUGGUCCAAAAUCCAACUUGACCGAUGAGGAGUAUGAGGAGAAGGUCGGACAAGAUGUGCUAGAUGCUAUUCUUUCUAAGCACGAAGAAUGA